AUGGUGACCAGGGCCACACAGAGCAGCAGCGGUGUAGUGUUUCGCCAAGACAUCCAGCAAGGGUACAUCCAAGGGCAAAUUCCCGGAGCUGGCCGCACCAUUUCAGGCAAAACCACGGACGCGCCCAGUGACAAUGACGACGACGACGACGAUGAUGACGAUGAUGACUCUGCCGUUGAUCUCGGAUUUGGCAAUAAUGCUUCGGACGGAUCCGACAUUGAUGACGACGAAGAGGAGAAGGCUCCCCGCGGUGGCUCGGCCAAAUAUAAUCUGCGCACAGCCAAUACGAAGCGCAAGUUGAGCUCGAAUGAUGAUGACGAGGACAGCGAUGAGGACGCUGGUCCCUCACUUAGGACUCGCCGGAGAACCGCCCCGAAAUACGUUGCUAGCGACAAUGACGAUGUCGAUGACGAAGAUGAGGAGGAAGUCGCUGCACGGAAGGAGGAAGACGUGGAGAGCGAAGACGACGACAACAGCGACGAGCAGGAAGACUAUGAGUGA